AUGACAGCAGCAAACUCUCAUCACACUAUCGUUUUUGGGGAGUCAACCACCUCAGCCAACCCGACAGAAACCACACCUGUGGGUCCACUGGUGACUGCAUUGGCAGCCACCCUCAUCAUAGGGACAUCCCACACAUUUGCUAGCAAUGAUGUAUGGAGUUUUGAUAGUUGCAUCACUCCUGGGCCUCAGAAGACCAUUGGAUCUGGUGACCACAUCAUUGUUUAUCGUCACUGUUUCAAGUCCUUUGUGGACCCUCUGCCACCACCUGUGUUCUCAGCUGUGUUAUCACACAUUGCAGCAUGGGGAAAUGACCAUGUAGAGUUUGCAAUCAAGGAUAUAAAUACCAGCAAACACCACUCAAGGACCAUCAAACUGCCCCUCACUGUUGUUCGGCUUUCCUUACUCCAACAUCUGCGUCAAUUUAUUUUCCCCUUUCCUCGGUCCUCUACUCCUCCAUCACCCAUCAACCAGUACAUCUCAGCCCCGAAACCACUGGCAGGUGCUAGAGCUAUAGGUGAUAGAGUCCCCAGGGAUAGUGAUGAUCUGCCUAUUUGGGAUACCCAAAAAUGA